AUGGCGGCGGAGGAGAGAUGUUCUCUGCAUUCCUUUACCGGCACUGUCAUUGACUUCAUGGCCGGGGCUAUGGGUGGUGUCGCGUGCGUUCUGAGCGGUCAGCCGUUCGACACGGUGAAAGUGAAGAUGCAAACAUUCCCGCGUAUGUACCGUGGCUUCCUUCACUGCAGCCUGCACAGCUACCGUCAGGACGGGCUGCGCGGACUCUACCGCGGCACCGCAGCCGCGCUUCUCUCUAACGUGGCGGAGAAUGCCGUGCUGUUCGCGUGCUACAGCUCCUGCCAGCAGGUCACCAGAAUCGGGUUCGGUCUGGAUGAACACGCGGCGCUCAGUGAUUUCCAGAGCGCGGUGGCUGGCUCCCUGGCAUCGGUCGCCUCCUCCCUGGUCCUUAGCCCCACAGAGCUGGUCAAGUGUCGCCUUCAGGCUCUGAGUGAGCUGAGGGCGCUGGGCAGAACCAGCAUGGAGACACACGUCUGGGCCGUGGUGAGGGAGAUUGUGAAAGCGGAGGGGGGGCGUGGCCUAAUGCAAGGUCUGACCAGCACCUGGCUGAGGGAGGUGCCUGGAUACUUCUUCUUCUUCGGUGGUUAUGAGACCUGCAGAACCCUGCUGACCCCUGCCGGAGGACGCAAGGAGGACCUGGAUGCUGUGUCUCUAUUGGUGAGUGGAGGAGUGGGCGGGUCGUUGUUCUGGUUGUCUGUCUACCCAGUGGACAGUGUGAAGUCUCGUAUCCAGGUGCUCUCCAUAUCCGGUCCUCAGCCCGGCUUCCUGCGCACCAUGGCUACUAUCCUCCGGACAGAGGGUGUGUGUGCUCUGUACUGUGGUCUGACCCCCACCGUGCUCCGAGCCUUCCCCAGCAACGGAGCUCUUUUCCUGGCCUACGAGUGGACGAGGAGGGCCCUGCUGUCCCUGGCCUCCACACACCCAGCUCCACCUGACCCCUGA